AUGGCAUAUAAUGAAAAUACCAUUAAGAAAGCAAGUAGUAUAUUCAAGGGUGAUAAACGGGUCAUCACCUUCUUAUCAAAAUGUACGAAUAACUAUGAAGAGGAGGAUGAGUUCCUAGUUGUGUGGGAAGCAAUGCUUAAUGAAUACAGUGCGCAUGAAAAUCCUUGGUUAAGUAGUAUAUUUCAAUUAAAGGAGAAAUGGGCAAAACCGUAUGUCAAGUGGGCAUGGUCUGUUGGAAUGCAUACCACCAAAUUAAGUGAGAGUUUCAAUGCUAGCGUAAAACCAUAUGUUAAGUCAGACUAUGAUGUGGUUCAGUUUUUCAAGCACUUUGACAGAUUGCUCAAUGAUAAGCAGUAUAAAGAGUUAGAGGCAGAGUAUGCUUUGUGCUACAAGUUACCUGCUAUUGAGAUAUUUUCUUCAAUGGUGAUCAAGGCUGUAAAUAUUCACACUAAAGCUGUGUUUGAAAAAUUCCAGAUUCAGUAUGAGAAGGCUCUUGAUUAUAACUUAGUCGGAUGUAUUCAAGAUGAUGAUGACAUUGUGUAUAAAGUUGCCUUUAAUGGUCAUCCAAAUGAGAGAUGUGUUAGGGUGAAGAAAGACCAAUCCGUGUCAUGUAGUUGUAGGUUGUUUGAGAUUGAAGGUAUUUUGUGUCGGCAUGCAAUAAAAUUCUUUACUAACUACAUGAAUGUCAAAGAAAUUCCUGAUCAGUAUAUUCUAAAAAGAUGGACAAGAAAAGCAAGAUCUGAAAGAGUGAAAGACAUGUAUGGCCAAGACAUCCAAGUAGAUACCAACCUACAACAAACAUCUUGGUACAAGUCUCUAAGUUCCAUAUCCACCAAGAUUUCAUCUCGGGCCGCUGAGAGAGAAGAGACAUAUAAGUUUGUUGUUCAUCAUUUGGGGGAACUAAGAAAAGCUAUUGAAGACAUAUUAUGUUAA